AUGAGGGAUGUCAUUAGUAUAAACAAGCUUAAUGUGACUAGUACCGUUGGAUUCGAUAGAUUUAAGAAUACAAACGCUGAGCCAUUGGUUGUUGAUAUACAGUGCAGUACAUCGGUACAAAACGAUCUCGAUAAGAGCAUAAACUACGCAAGCCUAACGAAUUCUAUCAACCAAGCCUGUUCUGGCACUUAUUCCAACCUCAAUUCUCUCGCAACUGCCAUUUCACGCGCCACCUUCUCUUAUCAAGGCGUGGAAGCCCUAAAUCUUAAACUUUCAAAGUGCAAAGGUCUUUUGAAAGGUGUCGUACAGUAUGAGCAGGUACAGGACGCUGGUUGUGCGUUUAAUGAUACCUACCACGUCUCUGGUAUUGACGUAGACACUAUCAUUGGUAUACAUCCCUGGGAGAGGCAGUUUAAGCAGAAAGUAGUCUUAGAUGUUAGUGUUCCUGGUACUGACUAUUCUCAUAUCCUACUACUCAUUGAAAAUCUCAUCAAUUUCCUCCAAAACUCCUCCUAUCACGUACUCGAACAUCUUGCUCUCGAUGCUGCAAAACUCGCUGUUGUCCAGCUCGCCCACCCGAGCAUCACCAUCAAAGCUGCAAAACCGAGUGCACUCACUUUCGCUGAUUCUGCCAGUGUGCAAGUGACGCGUACAGCUGCUGACUAUAAUGUUUCUCCAAAUGUCUUAGAAGAUCACCCCCGCACCACCACCGCUGUUCUCUCUCUCGGCAGCAACCUCGGCAAUAAGAAGGCCCACAUCCACAGCGCACUCUCGCAACUAGAGAAGCGUGGAGUGGGGAAUGUAGUUGACACAUCGCAUCUCUACGCUACUGCGCCAAUGUACGUACACGACCAGCCUGCAUUUCUGAACGGUGUGUGCAAAAUAACCACUGCGCUGCACCCACACACGCUCCUUGACUCGCUCAAAGAGAUUGAGAGAGAUCUAGGCCGCGACAUGGAGGGGCAGGUGAAGGGUCCGCGUCCCAUCGACCUCGAUAUCCUCCUGUAUGGCGAAGAGUGCGUGCACACGGACACUCUGCGUGUCCCUCACGCGGGCAUGCGUGAGCGCGCCUUUGUGCUACGGCCUCUCGCUGACAUACUCCCCAAUUAUACACCUAUAACACACUCCCUCACUACCACGCAAGCCCUGCAGCGUAUUGGGGAUGGCGACAACGCCGUUCAACUCGUGCUGCCCGUGGGUGACAGACUCUUCAGCUUGCGCGGAAGGCGGUGGGUGAUGGCCAUCCUUAAUUGCACUCCAGACUCCUUCUCAGACGGCGGACUCAACUUUACUCUUGAAGACGCUCUCGCGAAUGCAACUAGAAUGGUGCAAGAAGGUGCGGAUAUACUCGACGUCGGCGGCAUGUCCACGCGACCUAAUGCCCCAGAUGUAUCUGCGCACGACGAGGUACACCGGGUAGUACCGUUGAUUAAGACGCUGCGUAGCCAACACCCCGAUGUUCUCAUAUCUGUGGACACUUUCAGAGCCAGCGUCGCACGCGCAGCUGUAGAAGCAGGUGCAGAUAUAGUCAACGACGUCAGUGGGGGGAUGGCUGACGAGGGUAUGUUGGAGACGGUGGCUGAUUUAGGUGUGCCAUAUAUACUUAUGCACAUGCGCGGUGACUCCUCCACCAUGACAUCCCUUACGCAGUACGACGCUGGCGUAGUCGAAGGCGUCAAAGGGGAGAUUCAGCAGCGGAUGCAGAAAGCCAUGGAGAGCGGUAUACGACGCUGGAAUAUUAUCAUAGAUCCUGGUCUUGGAUUCGCCAAGGAUGUUAACGGCAAUUUGGAUAUCCUGCGCAAUCUCUCCCAAUUCGGGGGUAGAUGUACAUCGAGUGAUGCUUCUCUGGACACAAUGACACCAACACUCACCCCCUCACCCAAUCUUAAACUCUCGCACAUGCCGCUGCUUGUAGGACACUCACGCAAGGCAUUCAUCGGUAAACUCACCAACGUCGAUACGGCCAAAGAUCGCGUGGCCGGUACAGCAGCCACGACAAUGGCCGCGUUGGCUGGUGGCGCUGAUAUAGUGCGCGUGCAUGACAUCAAGGAGAGUGUAGACGUAGCCAAGAUGGCACGAGCAAUGUGA